CCCAUUCAUCUCUACCGACAUGACAAUCUAUUACUCGUUAACGUUCCUCCUGCUCGCGGCAGAGAUGGGCACGUUCUGUGCCGUCGUCGCACCUCUCCCACAUGCAGUCCGCAAACGUGUUUUCACCUUCCUUUCGGAAAGUCCUAUUGUUGGAAAGAUUGCGUAUGGGCUUAAGAUUGCGUUCAUAUUUGUGGGUGUACUGUUUGUCGAUGCGCUCCAACGCAUGUUCCGCAUUACCGCCGAGGCGGAAGCGGCGAAAGCUGGUGGGAUGGGCGCCACGCAUGAUGUGCGUACUGAAACUAACUUUGCGGCUCGUAAAUUCUAUGCGCAGCGCAAUACGUACUUGACGGGAUUUACUUUGUUCCUUUCGCUUUGUCUGACGAGGACGUUUUAUAUUGUGCUUGAUCUCAUUCAUGCACAGGAGGAGUAUGCCAAGUUGAAGAAGACCUCUGAGGGUUCUGGGAAGUCCGGUGAGAGUGUAGACGAGCUGAAGAAGAAACUCGCUGCUGCAGAAGCUCGUGCCCGUGAUUUCGAUACGCUGAAGAAGCAGGCUGACGCCCAGGCUCAGGAGUAUGACCGUCUCGCGACCGAAUACAACAAAGCGACGGGUGCAGUAUCUGACAAGCGUAAAGACUAGGAUUUAUGAUUGCAAUUUGCUGAAUUGCCAGGCGUUAUUGCUCCCAAACCGCCAGUGUUGCUUUGCACGCCUUUAAUUCUCGGCCAAACUGGAUUCCGCACACAUCUCAAACAUCGAAACGAAUGGUUUCCCAAUCCAUACACAUUUCUUGUGUUGCACCGUAUAGAAUAUUUCCGCAUACGUUAUGUACCAUAUGCAUUGCUAGGAAAUUAAUGUUCAUACAUAUUUUU